AUGGCGAAAAUAGUAUGGACAUUCAUAACUGAUUUUGCUCAUGGCGUCAUUGAUGCUAUCCAUGGUUUGACGGUUUGUCUUUAUUAUUAUUUUUUUAGAGUUUCAAAUCUUUUUUCAGUUUUUACUCGAUCUCGACCACGAUGAAGAAUACGUUCCAAUUAAUGAUGUUCCUCUUAAAUCUCCAGUAACAGUUCUACUUCACCGUCGAGCGGUUGGAAAACUGUUGAAGAAAGCGGAACAAGAAGGCAUAGAGUCCUUGAAAAAUGUCGAAAAGAAACCAGAAGGACAAAUUAUGCGACACAGGGAACGAGCAUGGAAAAGGUUCUUAAUUUUUUGUUUUUUUUUGUUUUUAAUGAACGUUUUGCAGGGUUCUACAGUGUGCCGCGUUUAAUUUACUCUUCGUACUAAUUUUAAAGUUGCUAUCACUUAUUCUGGCGCUUUUUAUCGGCUUCUUCUGGGAUGUCUCUUACGCAGACUUUUUGUCUCAUUUCUUCUGCCUUCCUAUAUUUUUGGUAUCACGCAUCCUAUUGGCACUGUGGUUUUCGGAUAUCUCUGGCGCAUGCCUGAGAAGGAUGAAUGCUCCUGAUCCGAAACCUGUAUGCUGGAAGUGAGUUUUCUUUUAUACUUUUCAAUUUCAUGGUUAGUUAAAAAAAAUUCUUUUGGAACUACUAAACUGAAGAAGAAGGUGAGUUGAUUAAGAUAAAUAAGAUUUUAUUUUACUACAAGGACUAGAAAAAGGUAGUUGCUACUUUUUUUCUGGAGAGUUUUUAAAGUUCUUUGGGAAGAGCAGCAGAAUUUUUUCAGAGAUGCUUCAGCUCUCGUUUUAUGAAAAAAAGAGUGAAAAAAAAUCAUCGCAAAAUUAUAUAUAAAAGUAGCCAAUAACGUUUAUGAUUUUAUUGGCUCAUCCCGAAAAAAAUUUUCUCAAUUUUUUCAUUUUUUUUUUUCGCUCAAUUUUCCGUGUUCAAGUGCUUCAAAUAUUACUGUGUUCAAAGUUAUCUCGAAAUGCAACUUUCCAACUUAAGUUCUUAUUUUUUCUCUAACGGCUAUUUCGGAUUUCGUGUAAUCACUUCAAACACGGCACAACGAAAGAAAAAUUUGACGCGCGCAGCGAAAAAGUUUUUGUGGUUCAAAAGCACGAGCCGAAAAGCAGCAUGUUCCCACGACAUGAUUGGUUAACCCCGCCCAGCUGGCAAGAAAAACAUUUUGAAAAUAAAUUUAAUUGGACAUUUGCCAAAAGGCGGAGCCAACCAAUCACGUCGUGACAACCUGCUGCUUUUCGCCGCGUUUUUGAACCAGAAAAAGCUUCUUCGCUGCGCGUGUCAAAUUAGCUUUGAACGCGGCAUUAAUUCAUUUUAUACCGUCUUCAAAGUGAUUUCCGUGCAAAAUUAUCUCUGACUUUUCGAAAUUUUGUUUUCUUUUUCCUGACGGCUAUUUUGCAUUCCGCGGAAUCACUUUGAAACAAGCAUUAAACACGCCAACUGUUCUGAAAAGUGAUAUUUUUUAGUUUUUCUAUGUCCUUUCGAUUAUAGGCAAGUGGUAGCCGAUAUGAUGUCUUCGAUCUUGCUCGGCGUACUUUUUCUGCUUCAGUCACUGGGAGCCGAAUAUCUUCCUCUCCCAAUAAUAACCCCCAUCAUUUCCUUUGUACAUAUGUCCCUUCUGAAUUCUAUGUACAGGUAUUUUCUUUCGUUAUUGAAAGACUGAUGAUUUAUUUUCAGUUUCGAAUAUCUUUGGUCGUCAAGAAACGUUACUAGACCGGAGCGAGUCAUGCGAAUCGAAAGCAAAUGGCCGUACUUUGUUGGAUUUGGAGCGCCUCUGACUCUCGCUUCGUCACUGACGUCGAGUUUUCUCGUCAACGGGUGUAUUUUUGCUUCUGUGUUCCCGUUCUUCAUAAUAAGUACUUACAUGGUACGUUCUUUGAUAAAAAAAAAAACAUUUUUAUUUGUUUUUUGUUCUUCAGGCUCAUUGGGAUAGGAAGUAUCCUGGUGCAGAAGUACCUGUUGUUCGCAUUUUCACGCCUUCCGAAUUAAUAACGAGAAAAAUCACAUUACUGAUCACUUCUUAUGUAAUUCCUGGUUUUGUGUUAUAGGAUGUAAAAAGUUUUGAUAUAUUGUACAUUUUUCUUGUAUAUUUUGUACACUUAUGCAUGUUGCUCAAAGUUUACGCAGUUUACCAUAAACUAUGGGUUUUUACUCGAUAUGAUUUUUUUUUUGUGUUUUUAAUUGGUUUUUCAACCAUGCUUAUUUUGAUUUAAUUUUACAAAUUCGUUUUUUUUCAAUUCAAUUCUGCGUUUAGGAUGAGUCAACCUGGUGUAGAAGGCUUGACCGUGGGUCUCCACAAGGGCUUCCAUGCCACUCAGAUUGAGAGAAAACCUCGUCAGAACAGACGCAAGGGAGUCGCCUCCAAGAAGACCAAGGUUAUAUUUGUUCGUUCGACAAUCAUUCAUCGUUUUAUUCAGGUCGUUCGCGAGUUGGUCCGAGAAAUCGCCGGCUUUGCUCCUUAUGAGCGCCGCGUUCUGGAAAUGCUUCGUAUCUCCAAGGAUAAGCGUGCUCUGAAGUUCUUGAAGAAGCGCAUCGGAACCCACCUCCGUGCCAAGAAGAAGCGUGAGGAGCUCCAGAACGUCAUUGUUGCUCAACGCAAGCACCACAAAUAA